UUCGUUACGUAAUGCAGCUUUGACUGUCGGGUAGAAGCCAGCUGUGGAGAUCUCCCCAGAGCAAAACCAAAAUAUUAAACCUUUCGUAACCCAUAACAGGUGCACUUUAAAAAAAAAAACACGUCGUAUAAUGAGCUGACUUGGCAACACUGAAGGGAUAAUCAUGUUUGUGCGAUAGAGGCAGCGCGAGAGUUAGACAGUAUGGGUAAGUUAGCAGUUCUCUCGCUGUCUGUUGCAGCUCUCGCAGUUUUGAUCGGAGAAAGACUCAUUACGUUAAGGCAUUUAUCACUUUACUACAGAGAACCCACCCAGAACUACCUUCCGAACUGUCACCACAUAGAGGGCAUAGAAUGUGGGGCUGAAGAUAUCACAAUACUUGCGAAUGGACUGGCCUUUCUGAGCACUUGCGUUAAGCAUCCAGACUUACCGUCCUAUUCAGAUGACCCUGGAAAGAUCUACACCCUGAAUCUGUUGGAUUCUAAAAUGAAAAUCAAAGCAAUGAACGUCAAGGGAGACUUGGACAAAGACUCCUUUAAUCCACAUGGAAUCAGCCUGUACACGGAUGACAAAGAUGGUGCCAUAUACUUAUUUGUUGUUAAUUAUCCUCAAGGCAACAGUCAAGUGGAGAUUUUUCGAUUUGUUGAGGAUGAAAAUGCUCUUCAGUACAUCAAGACCAUCAAACACGAACUCCUGCACAAUGUGAAUGAUAUAGUCGCUGUGGGGACUGAAAGCUUUUAUGCCACCAAUGAUCAUUACUUCACUAAUGAGAUUCUCAAGUCUGUGGAGCCCUUUCUGUCUUUGCCCUGGUGUGACGUCGUCUACUACAGCCCUCAGACCGUGCAGGUUGUGGCAGGGGGCUUCUUGCUCGCCAACGGCAUAAAUAUCUCCCCUGACAAAAGGCAUUUAUAUGUGUCAGAUCUUCUGAAGCACAAAAUUGUUGUCUUGGAAAUACAGAAAAACACUGUAUUGUCUCAUGUAAAGGAGGUUGACGUGGGGUCACUGUGUGACAACAUUGAGGUGGACCGUGAAUCUGGAGAUCUGUGGCUGGGCUGCCACCCAAAUGGUCGCAAUUGGUUACUUCAAGAUCCAAAUAAUCCACCUGGAUCUGAGGUUAUCAGGAUUGAGAACAUCCUCUCUGAAAAGCCCAAGGUAACCCAGGUAUAUGCAGAUGAUGGCAGUGUGAUCAUUGCUUCUUCGGUGGCAACACCAUAUGGAGGAAAGCUGCUCAUAGGAACAGUUUAUCAGAAAGCUCUGAUCUGUGACCUUAAGUAGUGUAUAUACUUACUGGAAAGAAUAAAUAUUGGCUCAGCCAUUUGAAAGAUUUUGUCUGAAUAGUGUCAUUUCAGCGGAACACAAAACAAAGUCAAGGCCUAGGGUAGUUUUAAAAAUCAAUCCAAACUAUAAAAACUUGGCAUAACACUGGAUGAUUGGGUUGCAGUUUACUAGAUAUGUGAGCUUGAAGUAUAACUUGACUUAAAAUAAAUUGUUAGUAGCUGUCUGAGACUUGAUAUUUAUUUCUUAAGUGAAUAUACUUGAGAGUAUAAAAUUAUAUUCAUCAAUUUAUAAUGUACAUGCAACACAAAUAAGCAUUUGCCAAAACACUUUCACUGAAAUUGGCAAAUAUUUUGUGAAAAUGGACAAUAGUUGCUAAUUUGUAUGAAUUUGUAUUUUUUUUAUAUAACAGUAGUGAUGCAGUGCACAUUAGUAAGGCCGCUAUAUGUACUGUAGAGUAGUAAAUAAUGUGUGCCUCACUCUUGUGCUCUUUCUUUGAGUACAAACCCAUCGAAAAUGAAGAUGAUUACUGUAUGGAAUAGAAUGAUGCAGGGAGGGUAGAUCGAGAUGGGCCUAAAUGUUGUAACCACCACCACAGCUGUUUAAUAAACGCAAAUUAUUUGCAAUUUA